CGCCGGCUGCUGUGGUGCGACCCAAGGCUGUGGAUGAGAAGACACAAGAGUUCAAACUGGUCUACAGGUUUCCGGGGAUUAAGUACUGCAGGAUGCUGUCCAGACUGAAGCUGCUGCAGACUGCCACCACCGUGGUCAUGCUGCCUCCCAUCUACUACCUCUACCUGCAAGACCAGGUUUCUCAGAACAUCCUCUUAUACACAACUGGCAUUGCCCUCUUUGCUGGGGCGAUGUUGUAUGCUAUGAGUCAUUUUUUCAGACGAAUCAUUGGAUUAAUCUACUUAAACGAAACAGGCCGUACUGUCAGAGUGGCCCACUUGACGUUUUGGGGAAGACGGAAAGACAUUUACUGUCCCAUAGAGACAGUGAUGACUUUGGAUGAAGUUGGAGAUGGAAAGGGGGAGCUGCUUCUCCAGUUCAAACGGUACAACUGUACAGAUGUUUUGUAUUUUACAAUUAAGUAUGGCCAGAUUGUAGACAGACAGAAGUUUGCUCAAAUAUUUGGAGAACUGGCGUUAUACAGCAGCUAA